GUCUUUUUGUACUCCUUACACAUUCUGUCUUUCUCUCUCUCUCUCUCUCUCUACAGAAAGCUUUUAAAGAUUUGUUAGCCAGACUCUUCACUACUGCUUAUUACCAGGGAUGUGAUGUUUUUAAGGAAGAAAAAAUACUACUCUCAGAUCUAAUUUGCAACUGAUACUGUGUUUGUGAAGAGGACAUCAUAUCACAGUGGUUUUAUUUUAUUGAAUCAUUUCCUUCUGCACCAUGACAGGAUUGAUUGAGCGGACUUCACCAGGUGCCCUAGAGCAUAAUCUCUUGAGGCCCACAGACUCAACAAUCCUAAAUGAUGAGGAUUCUUCUUCAGGGAGGAAUGUCAUACGUAGCUCCAGCAUCAGUGGGGAAAUGUACAACAUUGAGAAAAGCAAUGGGGUCCCAACAGAAACACCUAGCAAUACAGCAAACAAGAAGAGAAGAUCCAGUCUUGGUGCUAAGAUGGUGGCCAUUGUAGGACUGUCCCAGUGGAGCAAAAGUACAUUACAGCUCAACCAGCCAGAUGGUGGUACAAAAAAAUUACGCAGUAACAUUCGACGAAGUACUGAAACAGGCAUUGCAGUGGAAAUGCGUAAUCGUGUGACAAGGCAAGGAAGCCGGGAGUCCACAGAUGGAAGCACCAACAGCAACAGUUCAGAUGGCACUUUCAUCUUCCCUACGACUAGGCUAGGUCCAGAAAGCCAGUUCAGUGACUUUCUCGAUGGACUGGGACCAGCUCAAAUUGUCGGGCGACAGACAUUAGCCACACCUCCCAUGGGAGAUAUUCACCUCGGUAUGAUAGACAGAAGUGGUCAGCUGGAAGUAGAAGUGGUCCAAGCACGAGGCCUUACUCCAAAACCUGGUUCCAGAUCAAUUCCUGCAACCUAUAUCAAGGUAUACCUGCUAGAAAAUGGAGCCUGCCUUGCCAAAAAGAAGACAAAGGUUGCCAAGAAAACACUGGAUCCACUCUACCAACAAGCAUUACUCUUUGAUGAAAGUCCUCAGGGGAAAGUGUUGCAGGUAAUAGUUUGGGGUGAUUACGGCCGAAUGGACCACAAAUGUUUCAUGGGAAUGGCUCAAAUUCUUUUGGAAGAGCUGGAUCUGACCACAAUGGUUACUGGCUGGUACAAACUCUUUCCAACAUCUUCUUUAGCAGAUUCCACAAUUGGACCCCUUACACGCCGUCUCUCUCAGUCCUCUCUUGAGUCCUCUACAAGUCCUUCAUGCACUUAGAUAACAAGGACUAUUUCAUUUUUGGACAUUACUUUGUAAAGACUUAAAAGGAUGAAUAUAAGUACUCUGUGUCUAUUUUCUCAAUAAUUACUAUCAACAUUCUUGGCAACAUGUGCCGGUUACACCAAAUGCAAAUAAAAAGCACUCGUGCUGACAUACUAGGACAAGAUCCAUUCACAAAUAGCUAUCUGGAAAGAAAUAUAUAUAUCACAGAUCAUGAGACUGUUAAGGGGACUCUACAAAGGUGUAAAUCUCUCACAUGAAUGUCUGAAAUGAGAACACAGAAAAUGAUUAACUGUAUGAAAGGGUUGGCAACUUUCUAUAAAUGUGAUUAUGUCUUUAAUUUCAAAAUCUACUAUUCAGUGUUAAGCUAACUAUAUCUCAUUAUAUUGCAAAAUGCCUUUCCAGUUUCCUGUAAUUCUUCAAGCCCACAAUGUGACCUUCUUCUGUUUUGUCUACACAGAUUUGUUAGGACAUGAGGGAGAUAAAAUGAUGAUCAGUUUCUGUGACUCAUUUCAGAACUGCUCUUUUUGAGGUAAAGAAUUUUGUAGCAGAUUAUGUAGCCUGUCAAGCACUUUCUUAUUCAUAACAAAAUCAUCUCAUUCCAUUUAUAAACACAACAGAUGUCCUAGUUGUAUGUUUUCCUUUUUAUGUUUAUAAUUAUAGGAUUUCAUUCCAUAAGCAAAUUAAUUCUUUUAUUUCCUAGAAUUGUAUGUACAGAGUUGCGAUCAUCCAAAAAUGUUGUUUAUAUCAUCUGAGGAAACAAAGAGUGCCAUCUCACUUAGACUGUGUGUAAAACAUUGAAAAUUUUGCAUUUGCUUUUGAUGCUCUGUGCCUUGAGGUCUCCCCAUCUAAAACUGAAACAUCUUAACAACAAAGUACAAAAAAGCAAGAUGCAAGAAGUAACAUAUAUGAUCAGAGGACCAUCAGGUAUUUUAAGGACUGGCUGCCACCUACUAAAAGAAGGUACCUAAGCAAAAAAAAAAAAUAAUCCAAAUACUUGCUUGCCACUUACAAGCCCAGAAAAAUGCUACUUCAAUGGUUAUGCUCAGAUGUAGUAUAAAAUACUAAGACAUGACUGUACCAUAAUAAUUCUUAAUGGUGGUCCCAGAAAGUAUAGCAAGACAAAAGAUAUGUUUCAGACAAAACAAUGUUAUUUCUCCUUGUGGAUAUAUUCUGGAUGUAUUAAAAAGAUUUGGGGUUGUGGAAUUGAAAGACCGUGUAAAGCAUAUUUAAAAAAAGGUGAAAGUUUUUUGUUUUUUUUUUUACCUUGAAGGUGCCUACAUAAAUAAUUUGAAAAACUCAGGGGAGAUUCCAUUAGAACUGUACACAAUAUUAUUUCUCUGUACAUUACUGUUUCAGAACAUAUUCUAGAACAAUGCAUUCGAUCACCAUGUCAUAUACAGUUUAAGCACAAACUGCAACAGUUAAUAGAAAAUCUUCAGUGUUGCAUUUUGUUAUAUCCAAGAUUGCCCCCAAACUGUACACCGCUUUUGCUUUGCAUGUAUUGAAAAUUGCUUGGAAAGAAAUUGCAACAGUUCAUGUUUUAUGUAGAUGUAUUCUUACAAGUAUUAGUAAACAAUUUGUGUAUCAAAAUAUGCACGUUUGAAAUUCUGCAAACUGUGUCCCAUGAAAAUGGCAUCACAUCUGCUUUUAUAGCACCACUUGUUAAGAGCUGAAAUGUACAAUCCAAGCAUCUGAUUACAGUAAAUAUCCAUUUAAUUUGGAUGUGAACAACACAUACUAUAAUCGCUUUCAAGCUGAUUAACCAGCUUGCAAAAAAAUAAAUGAACCUGAUGUAAUUAAUUAUUUAGAUAACUUACUGAAGACUAGUAGUAUAAAUCAUUGCUAACCAUGUGCAAACACAAACCGCCACUCACUUUAACCAUUGCUUAAUACCUCAAGCUAUUGAAAUUAUGGUACAUAGCAAACCAUUUCCAUUAGAAAUGAAUCCAAACAUGAAAAUAUUUGCAAGGGCAAAGCACAGCAUCUCCUCUUUUUAUUGUGAGCCUUAUCUCUCUCCCUCUCUCUCUCUCUCUAUAUAUAUAUAUAUAUAUUGUACCUAGUGACCUCUAUUGCAUAGACAUGGAUCACACAGAACAGCAUAAGACAAAAGACUACAAUACAAAUAUUUUUCAUAUAUUUGAGAUACUGAGCUGGUGAAAAUUAACAUUUCUUCGAAAUGGAAAUGUGUCAAAGUUCAAAAGGAAAGCUUUUCACCUCUACAACAUUUCUUUUCCUUUUUUUUUUUUUUUUUGCAUUUUAAAAACACUGGAUUUAUGAAUUCCUACUGUGGAAGAACUUAAUUCUUCAUAAUCCUUCUAGAAACAUAGUAAUUCUGCACCACCUGCAUUUUAGACUUAUACAACCACUUAGUGGGAGGCAUGGAUUAUAAUUGAAACUGGGUCUGCCAUCUUAUUUAAGAAAAGAAUUAAAACAGAGUUGACUUUGUUUGCAAUUAAUGUAUUAUGUUGCAAAAGUUCCCAUGUCUUCGAUUUCAAGAGGCACUCCAUACAAAGCUAUUGCUACAACAGCCGGUAAAAGCUACUUUACCCAGAUUUUACUAAUAAAUUUCAUCUGCAGCAGAUAGUCAGGAGUCAAGCUGAAACAUAAGAUGAUGGGUUACUCUGGACUUCUUAAACUAAAAAUGUCAGUUUCACUUCAGUAUAAAUAAGUAAUGCCAAACUUGCAGCACUUGAAGAUGUUGUAUGAUCUUAUUCAGACUGUGAGGCCUGCAUUAAUCACAGCUGAAAAGACACAUAGAAGAUGCAAUUUAAACAUGUACUCCGUGGUUUGUUGCUGUUAAAAAUAGAUUGCUGCUAAAAAUGAAAAAUGUCCGUACAGCUCAUUUUAAGUCUGAUUGUUUUGUGUACUUAUGUUUCAACAAGAGCAAGAUAUGUUCUCUGGAAAAUUAAAAUAUGUUUUAAGCAUUUUUCUUUCAUUUUUGCUUGAUAAAUCAACACUGCAUGUUGGUCAUAAUGACCCUGCCUUGAUCUGUAGCAGCCUUAUAAGGCAAAUGUCUAAGUGUAGCAAAAGGGAAUCCUUAUUGUGUUUACAUUGUGAAAUGUUCUUUUAAUUCUUAUGCAUGUAAAACUACCAAUGGGCUUAGAUAAAAACAAACUAAAUGCAACGAGCUGUGUUACCUACCGAAAUAACUGCAUUAGUCAUUGUCACUGAGUCUCCAAGACUGACAAUACCAUUUUGUAAAUAGCUUGGUUGAAACUCGUAGGUUGCUGUGCUUGGAUGUUGUUUGUAAGCUUAUUCUAAUGGAAAAGGUGCUCAUAGUUAAACCAAAGCUGACUUUAUGUAAACCCAUGACAACAAAUUAAGUAAUAAGAUGAGUGUUCUUAGAGUACAUAAACAACUUACACAAAAAUAUGCUGAUUGUGGAGUAUGGAUUAAAAAACUCCUAUUACUGUGGCUAGUUAGAGAGUUCUGAUAAUAAAAGUAUUAGCCCCUCUAUCUAAGAAUUAAAUUAUUAAAAUUCUGCUACUCACCUUGAAUACUGCAGGCUUAAUGAAAUGUAGACAAAUUUUGCUCUAAUCGUAAAACAGGGCACAUUGAAUAUGUUGUUGUACAAAACCAAGUCAGUAUGAUAGUGAUGUAUAAACACCAGCAGUCUUCUUACCCUUGUAAUGUUCCCAUUUUGCUCAUAUUAAGUCAUUCAGUCUUUUAUUGCCUUUAAUAAGACAGUAGAGCCUUCUGGACAUAAUAAUGUUUUUUUUCUAGGGAUACACCCAGAGCCUUAGUACAAGUGACUUGCCCAGAAUCACGGUACGUAAGUGAAGACUGUCAGAAGAUAACUCUAAUAUGCAGAAUGUAGCUUAUUCACGUCAUUACCUCAGUUAUAUUCACUAUCAUAACUGGUAGUGCACAGUCAUGUAUUUCGUAAUUAUUACUAUUAUGACCUUUAAGUUCCUGAAGUAAUACAUUGUAAUAUUAUAAAGCUUGUAGACAUAGUUUCAACACAUCAAAUGUAAUCAUUGUUUGCAAUAUUGUAAAUAUUUUAAAUAUAAUUUUCCUCAGGUGGUUACAGUGUCAAUAGAAAAUAAGUUUACUAUUUAAAAACCCACUCAGAUCUGAAAGAGCAAAAAUUAAUCUAUUUUACCAAGUUAAGUAAAAACACUAUGGUAUAAUAGUUUUGGGUCAUGUUAACAUGAUAAAUGUAUAUUACAGAAAACUCACAUAGAUAUAUGUCCAUAGAUACACACACACACACACACACACACACACACACACACACACACACACACACACACACACACACACACACACACUCACACACUCACAAAUAUAACAUAUUUAAGUGCAUCAAUAACACAUGCAGUGAUUAGAGGCAUGAGACCAGCAGGCAAGUGCCUUACUGCAAACGUAUGUGGUAUUAUCUCUUCAAUGCACAACCCAUCAUGUGCUACUGCACUGACAAAAUAGAACACUUUGUUUUGUGUUUGUUAGGAAGAACUUUGUAUGUGUGCAUUGAUUAUAAUUCAUAGAUCUUUUAGCAAAUCAGAUUGCUUGAUUUUCUGAAACCAUUUCAUAAAUAUACAUAGUGUAUACACAAUUGUGCAAACACAUGCGCACACACACACACAUGCACACACACACACACACACACACACACACACACACACACACGCGCGCACAUAUGCGUACGCAUAUAUACAUGCACAUAUGCAUAAAUAUGGUCCAAUUCACCUUGCAGAUAUCAAUUUUUCUGGUUACCAAAAUUUUUACAUUGAAUUCUUGAUUUUGUUAUUACUAACCUUUUCUCAAAGUAUUGUUCUACCUUUUCUGUUAAAAUAAGUAUGUAAUUUAUUGCUAAUUUAAGACAUAAAUGUCUCUUGCACUCUGUUCUGUACAUAUGUAUGUUUAAGUAUGCAUUGUUUCCACUGUAUGUGCAUCUCUAAAUGAAAUGUAUGUAUUUGUUAUGACUUACCAAUGUAAUAUACAGAAUAAACUUGUAUUAAUCAUAAA